AUGCCGGACAGCUCUAUAAAGGCUGUAAUCUUUGAUAUUGGGGGUGUGGUCACCAAGAGCCCGCUCAUCGCCAUAGCCGAAUAUGAGCGCGAGCAUGGCAUUCCGCAUAACUAUAUCAACAAUGCGAUUGUACGCAGAGGCGGCCAAGGAGCUUGGCAGAAGUUUGAGCGCGGUGAAAUGCCGUUGCUAACGUUCUAUCACGCUUUUGGCGAGGAGCUGAGCGACGCCAAAGCGAAUAACCUCUACUACGCUGAAUACUGUCGCAAGAGGGCCCUGAGCUGUCCAGAGCUACCUCGCAUUUUGAACAUUGACGGCCGGGACCUCUUCGCGCGCAUGAUGAGGACAGGCGCCGAGCUUGACGAGCUUGUCGUCUCGGCCGUUCAAAAAAUCCGGGCGACGAGACGAUGGCGCGUGUUCGCCCUCACGAAUAACUAUUCCAAGGCGCCAUCAGCAUUGAACGAUCUUGAUACAGACCUUGCGAAGAGAUAUCCUGGAAUCACGAUGGAAAGCGAGAUGAAGUUUCUCGGCUGGGAUGAGGGCGCAGUGCCAGCCAAACUUAGGGCAAUGUUCGACGACUUCGUCGACUCUAGCGAGGUCGGAAUGAGGAAGCCCGAACCGGCAUUUUACUUGCUCGCAUGCAAGCGUAACGGCAUCGAGCCGCAAGAUGCCGUCUUUCUGGACGAUCUUGGUUUGAACUGCAAGGCCGCUAGUCAACUCGGCAUGCGUGCCAUCCAGGUGCGGAUCGGCGAGUCUCGUCAGGCACUUCAAGAAUUGGAGAGCCUUCUGGGCUUACCACUCCUUGACGAGACGGAGAAGAAAGCCAAGCUGUAG